UGAAUCUCUAUCUUCCCUCUUUCGAUUUCCAGCCACAGCAACCAGUGAUUGAAACUGUCUUUUUCGUCGUGCGGUGAAAGGUUGCGUUUAUCCGCACUUUUCCCGGCGGUUAAACGGCGGCGCAACAAACAGAGCAGUGAACACGCAGAAAACAAGAUUUAAAACCAAACAAAACUUGGAUCUGUUGCGUUUGCGUUCCGUAACCAAACGCGGAACAUACCUCAAUCUCUUUUGUGAUUAUUUCCUUUUUUCUCUGGACAAGACAAAGCUGUUGGAUUGGAUUCGAGCAGACGGGCUUUUUACUUAUAGACGGCGUGAUAAGAAGUUUUUACGUGUUUUAGACUAAACGCGGAGGUCGCAUUUUAAAUGUAGGAAAGGCGACUAACGAUAAUUCCAUCCUGCUGGUUGACUGGCACCAAUUCCAAAGUUACUUUCCAGAUGCAGAGUAAACAAACACGGUUUGCAAGCGACGAAAGACAUUGCCUAUCCGUGCAAGCGUUUACUUAGAGACCUUUUGCGUCUUUCAUAAUCGGGAGUUUUGAGGAGAGGGCUUGUUUUUGAGAAGACUUGUUUCUCGAUGCACUGAAUGAGGAGGAACGUCCCAUGUGUGGCUUUCACUCUUUCUGACAACCCUGCAGCCUUAAGUUUCUCUGUGGUGCGUCUUGAGUCUACAUUCCUUCAUCCCCAAGUCUUACGUUUAAACCAGAAUGGCUAACAACAGUGCAGACCAUCCGCCGGGGAACUCUGUCGCCGAGGUUGACCAUGAAGGGGACUUUGGUUGUACAAUGAUGCAGCUCCGUGAGCUGAUGGAGCUCCGCAGUGGCGAGGCUGUCAGCAAGAUUGCAGAAUGCUAUGGAGAUGUGCAAGGGAUCUGCCGCAGGCUUAAGACCUCACCUAUUGAGGGACUCUCCGGUAACCCUGCUGAUUUAGAAAAGCGGCAUACAUCGUUUGGCAAAAACUUCAUCCCCCCGAAGAAGCCCAAGACUUUUCUGCAGUUGGUAUGGGAGGCCCUGCAGGAUGUCACCCUUAUUAUUCUGGAGGUGGCAGCCAUCAUUUCUCUCGCCCUGUCUUUCUACCACCCACCAGAGGGAGACAACGAAGACUGUGGCGAAGCGGGAGCUGUAGCGGACGAAGGUGAAUCCCAAGCAGGUUGGAUUGAAGGUGCUGCCAUCUUGUUCUCUGUUAUUAUCGUGGUUCUGGUGACGGCCUUUAAUGAUUGGAGCAAGGAAAAACAGUUCCGUGGGCUGCAGAGCCGCAUUGAGCAGGAGCAAAAGUUCACAGUGAUCCGCAAAGGUCAGGUUAUCCAGAUCCCGGUGGCUGAAAUCGUCGUGGGAGAUAUCGCACAAAUCAAAUACGGUGACCUUCUCCCCGCUGAUGGUAUCUUGAUCCAGGGUAAUGACUUGAAAAUUGAUGAAAGCUCCCUGACUGGGGAGUCCGAUCAGGUCCGCAAAUCACUGGAAAAGGACCCCAUGCUCCUUUCUGGAACUCAUGUGAUGGAAGGAUCUGGCAGAAUGGUGGUCUCAGCCGUGGGCCUGAAUUCUCAGACUGGAAUCAUUUUCACCCUGUUGGGCGCCGGUGAGGAUGAGGAGAAGAAGGUGAAGAAAGGUAAAAAACAAGGACCCCCUGAAAAUCGCAACAAAGCUAAGACACAGGAUGGCAUCGCGCUGGAGAUCCAACCACUGAAGAGCGAGGAAGGUGUGGAGUCAGAAGAGAAGGAGGAGAAAGAAGAAAAGGAGAAAAAGAAGGUUAACGUCACCAAGAAAGAAAAAUCUGUCCUUCAGGGCAAGCUGACCAGGCUAGCGGUUCAGAUUGGGAAAGCAGGUCUCAUCAUGUCUGCGGUCACAGUUGUCAUCCUCAUCCUGUACUUUGUCAUUAAUACGUUUGGCAUCCAGCGCAAAGAUUGGAAGGCUGAGUGCACGCCCAUCUAUAUACAAUAUUUUGUGAAGUUUUUCAUCAUUGGUGUGACCGUGCUGGUGGUGGCUGUGCCUGAAGGACUUCCUUUAGCCGUCACAAUUUCCCUGGCGUAUUCAGUAAAGAAAAUGAUGAAAGACAACAACCUGGUAAGGCACCUGGAUGCCUGUGAGACCAUGGGUAAUGCCACCGCCAUCUGCUCUGACAAAACUGGAACACUGACUAUGAACCGCAUGACGGUGGUGCAGGCUUACAUAGGCGACACACACUAUAAGACUGUUCCUGAACCGGAGGCUAUUAAACCAGAGACUCUUGAAAUACUGGUGAACAGCAUCUCCAUAAACUCAGCAUACACUACCAAGAUUCUGCCCUCAGAGAAGGAAGGGGGUUUGCCAAGGCAUGUGGGCAAUAAGACAGAGUGUGCCCUUCUUGGUCUGGUGCUGGACUUGAAGAGAGACUAUCAGCCUAUUAGAGAUGAGGUUCCUGAGGAGAAACUUUAUAAAGUUUACACAUUCAACUCCUCCCGUAAGAGCAUGAGCACUGUCAUAAAGAACAGCAGUGGUCCUGGCUUCCGGAUGUACAGCAAGGGCGCCUCCGAGAUUGUUCUGCGCAAGUGUUCCCAUAUCCUUGAUGCUUCAGGCCAGCAACGUGUCUUCAAGGCCAAAGAUCGGGAUGAGAUGGUGCAGAAAGUAAUCGAGCCAAUGGCCUGUGACGGGUUAAGGACCAUUUGUGUAGCCAUGAGGGACUUCUCGACAGAGCCAGAUUGGGACAAUGAGGCUGACAUUUUGAAUGACCUGACAUGCAUCUGUGUUGUUGGCAUUGAAGACCCUGUCCGUCCUGAGGUUCCAGAGGCUAUCUCUAAAUGUCAGCGAGCAGGCAUCACGGUCCGUAUGGUCACCGGAGACAACAUUAACACAGCCCGCGCCAUCGCCACCAAAUGUGGAAUCCUGCAGCCUGGAGAGGACUUCCUGUGCCUGGAGGGCAAAGACUUCAACCAGCAGAUUCGCAAUGACAAAGGAGAGGUUGAACAAGAACGUCUUGAUAAAGUUUGGCCCAAAUUGCGUGUUCUGGCUCGUUCGUCCCCAACAGACAAACACACUCUGGUAAAAGGCAUCAUUGACAGCACAGUUGGAGAAACCAGACAGGUGGUCGCUGUGACUGGAGACGGCACUAACGAUGGUCCUGCUCUCAAAAAAGCUGAUGUUGGCUUUGCUAUGGGAAUCGCAGGCACAGAUGUUGCAAAGGAGGCUUCUGACAUUAUUCUAACAGAUGACAACUUCACCAGUAUCGUCAAGGCUGUGAUGUGGGGCAGGAAUGUUUACGAUAGUAUCUCUAAGUUCCUGCAGUUUCAACUGACCGUCAAUGUGGUGGCUGUAAUUGUUGCUUUCACUGGGGCCUGCAUCACACAGGACUCCCCACUCAAAGCCGUUCAGAUGUUGUGGGUAAAUCUAAUUAUGGAUACACUGGCUUCUUUGGCUCUGGCAACAGAACCCCCAACAGAAUCGCUCCUGCUGAGAAAACCGUACGGUCGUGACAAGCCACUCAUUUCCAGGACUAUGAUGAAGAAUAUCUUGGGUCAUGCUGUCUACCAACUUGUUAUCACAUUUACUCUUCUAUUCGCUGGUGAGAAGUUCUUUAACAUUGAUAGCGGCCGCAGCGCCCUUCUCCACGCCCAACCAUCCGAACAUUACACCAUCAUUUUCAACGUCUUCGUAAUGAUGCAGCUCUUCAAUGAAAUCAAUGCCCGCAAAAUCCAUGGAGAGAGGAAUGUGUUUGAGGGAAUCUACCGGAACCCCAUUUUCUGCAGCGUCGUACUGGGAACAUUUGCUCUGCAGAUUAUCAUUGUGCAGUUUGGAGGGAAGCCGUUCUCCUGCACUGCCCUCACCAUCGACCAGUGGCUGUGGUGCAUCUUCAUAGGGGUCGGCGAGCUGCUCUGGGGCCAGUUGAUCACUGCUAUCCCCACACAUCGCCUCAAAUUCCUGAAGGAGGCCGGUCACGGCAUCCCCAAAGAAGACAUCGCAGAGGAGGUGCUGAUUGAAGGUGCUGAUGAAAUUGACCACGCUGAGAUGGAGCUGCGCAGAGGACAGAUCCUGUGGUUCAGAGGACUCAACCGCAUCCAGACUCAGAUGGAUGUGGUUUAUACAUUCCAGACGGGCCAAACGGCGGUGCCUGGGGCCCUGCGUCGCCAGCCCUCUGUGGUCAGCCAGCACAACGACAUUAAGGUGGUGAACGCAUUCCGUAGCUCCCUUUACGAGGGCCUAGAGAAGCCAGAAUCCAGAAGCUCCAUCCAUAACUUCAUGUCCCACCCUGAGUUUGUACCCAUCUCCGAAGAGGAAUCCCGCAUCUCCACGAUAGACGAAGGCUGUGCAGAGUUCGAGCUCCCCUUCUCUUCCAAACCUCUUCAGAGCUAGGAUAUGUCUUUGUGACUCUUCCAUCAUCCUCCAGUGCAACUACCCUAAAAUCGUCAUCUUUUUUUUGUUCCGUUGUUGUCUUUUUAAAACCCGUUCACCACUCCUCCCGUGGAGCCCUGCUGAUGCACAUCUGAGAGACAGCAGCACCUACAGUUCAGCGGCUGAUGGGGUGACCACAAUCCCUUUCUCCUGUCCUCCAUCUCCUUGCCCCUCUCGACUUGCACUGUGUCGGCAGCAGCAGCAGCAGCGCUCUGUAAGUACAUGCGGCUGUGCUGCAGCCCAUGUGACGCAUGGCCUAACUUACACACUAGAGGGCGACGCUGCGGCAAACGCCCUCUCAGCCUCUCACUGGCAUUUUUAUCUCUUAUACAGUUGUGAUUUUUCUCAUUUUUAUAUUAUUAUUGUCUUUGUUCUUGUGUAAUGCUGUAAUCAUUUUGUUAUUUGUCCCAGGACUCUCAUUUACAUAGUUUAUUUUUGUUUUGUUUUGCUGAAACAGCCGAUCGUUCAUGCAGUCGCUGUGUGAAUAGAUUUCUCUCCUCUUUUUUUUUUUAAACCUCUCUCAAUUUGCUGUUUUAAGGUGGAUUGAGCAACACACUCUCUUAGUUGAAAUGAUUUUAUGCUCUAAUGGACGUUUUAAUUAGUUCAGACACACUACAGUACAAUCUUGUCUUACAUACAAUGCUGUUAGGCUCAUUUUGGGUGUUCUGUCACUUCAUAUGUACAGAUGUAAGGCUGCUAUAGUGACCGUUAGCAGAAUAAAAACAAACGAAAAUAAACGUAUUCGAUAGCUAUGAGUUCAGAAUACCUGAUUGGCUCUCAAGGGGGCAGGGAGGGUCAUCCUACACAUCAUCUCAUCCAAGUCACACCCCGUUGGGCAUCUCUAGUCUCUUGUUAAUGCGUCGAAAUUAAUGGCCCAAGCUAACUAGCGAGUACUUUUAAGGUACAGCACCUCACCAUUGUGUGCAUGUAUCUGUCCGUAGGUUCAUCUUUGUCUGAUUGUACGGGAACGGGGAUUGUAAUGCUAAUCUUUACAGGAUAACGACUAACGAAUAGAAUUUUCCUAUUUCCUCUCUUUCAGAAAAAACAAAAUGUGAUAGAAGUGAAUCUGUAUGUGUGUACUUUUUCCUCAGCUCUGCAGUUAGGUGUUCUCCUUGUUAUCAGCCUGUGCUCCACAUAAGUUACAUACGUAGACGGCACUGGUAGAGCUCCGAAAUCCCAUCCCUGAACUUAGCCUGCGAGGGUAAGGGGACUGCACGUAGUAAGCAUGCUUUUGCUAUUUAUAAAAAGAAAGAAGAAAAAAAAAAACAGACCCAACAGCAUGCGGCAGGGGCUUCCGUGAGCUCUGCUAAAACCUGGAUGACAAACUAGAUUGGACAGUUUUCGUGAGAGCGCGGCCUCAAUGACAUAUGGUUUUUAUUAGCCGAAACAUACAACUGCCACAGACCGACCUUCCGCUCAUACCAGUCUAGGUUCAACGGAUUCCUCAAAUUACACCUUUUUCUACUUGCUCAGAGCCAUAUUUUAUAGAUUGUUCUUUUAUAUCCCAUUGUUUUUUCAGUUUAUUUUGUAUUUCCAACCAAAUUCGAAAAACACACAGAGUGUCACUGCCUAAAGACUAAAGGAAAAACAAAAACCUAGAUGGACCACUUUAAUGUUUACGGAACGGUUCCACAGCAGUUGGCUGAUGCUGCGCUUCCCCCUACUGGCAGUUUUUGUUAUUUCGCUUAAGUGGAACAUGGUAUGUUAUUGUGGGGAAGCAUGCAUGGGUUUCAUAUAAAGCUCAAUGUUUUGUUCCUUUUUUACAAUUGUUCUGUAUUUUUAUAUUAAGUACUUUUUAAUAUUUUGGGAAAAAUAUAAAUAUAGGUGUAUAGGCCAGAGAGUUUGGUUAUAUGACAAAUUAGGAAAUUAAGCAGUUAAGUACAUGCAGUUAUAUAUAGAUCUAUAAAUAUAUAAAUAUUUAUGCCACGUUUGUUGUAACCACAUGCGUUGUCAGAUACGAUGUCCGAGCUAAGGAAGUUACGAGUUUACUGUAAGGUCAAGUUCUCGACAGAACAUAUUAGGCCUUAUCCUGUAUUGUGUACUCCAAACCCGCAGCCACAAAUAUAGAUGUGCUAAAGUCUUAAUUAAUUCUAUAAUUUGGCACCUAAUUGGAAUCUAAACCAUCGUGGGUGAUGUGAAUUAAAGCUUUUGAGGUCUUCAACAUUUGUGUUCUGAUGACAAAACGUCAUUUAUUUUGUGUAAGUUUUCUCUAUGACCCUUUAAAGAGGCUAAAAGUCUAUGGAAAAUGAUUGAGAUUGUUGCUUAUGCUCUGUGUUGUCAUCAUUUUUGACUGAAUUGUCUUUUUUGUUGUUGUCAUAUGCAGCUCUGGAUACAAAUUAAGCAUACAUACUGUAUGUUGCACAAAAUGUAUUUCAAAAUGACUUCAUGUGGAAGCAGUCAGAUGGUUUCCAGUUAGAGCUUUACAUAAAUUCUGCCAAAGUGUUGCUUUUGUAAAGUCAGUUCUGAUUUCUGUCUUUGUUCUUGUUCAUUUAGAAGAACUUAUAACUGGAUUUUGUUUUUUUCAUUUGGAUUCCCCCAAUAUUUCCCCUCCAUGCGGAACACAAAUUCAGUUUUAGUUGGCAUUGCUUGGACAUGAUGGAUACAGAACAACGAUCAAAGCCAUUGUCUUUUUUUUUUUUUCUCGGUUCCCUUUAAUAACUAUUCAGAACAAUUUCUGUUAUUGCACGUUUCUUUCACGCAUUCUGUAAACUGAGAAUCGCUUCAAGGUGUUGUGCAAUAACUUUAUCGUAUUAAUACUCUACUGAAGUUGUCUGACAGUCCUUGUUUGGUUGGUUGGUUGGGACGGGAGGAAAUGAUACACCAUAGCUGUAAAUAAAAGAUGUGUUUUAAAACUGGAAUAUAACAGAUUAAGUUAUAACCGCUUAUUUUGCAUAUGUUUAGUCCAAUUACAUCUGAUGUUGAACGAAAUUGUAUAUGAUUGCGGGGGAAAGCAGUCAAGCGAACAUCUGAUUUCUGUAAUUCAUAUGAAACACAGUAAUAUACACUGGUGUUAUUUUUGUAUAAACAUAAUAUCAUAUAUGUGGCAUGCAUUACUUAUAAACAAAUUGGUGGUUCAAAGCAAUAUGUACAACCUGGUGCGAUUGGUAUUUUUAGUGUCCUGUGUAGCUUAAACCACGCUGUACUUGGGGAAAAAUGCAUUGGAAAAAAAAUCGUAAUUGUUCAAUAUAUGUGUUCAAUGUUCUGCAUGAUUACAUAUGGAAUGAGGCGUC